GAUAAAUUGAAAAUCAAAAAUCAAAAAUCGAAUAUCGAAAAUCAAAAUUGAGACAAAAUCGUAGUCAAAAGAAACAAAAAAAAAAAAUCGAAAAAGAAAAAGUCAAAGUAAAAAAUUCAACAUUCCUUAGUGAAAAUUUACAACACUUGCACUGCAAUUAAAAUUAAGCAAUUGAGAAUAAGUUCAAUCACAAAAUAAUCAAACGAAAGCAUUUAAUUGAGAAAUUAGCGAAUUGCAAUCUUCAAAAUGAUGAAAGCCACAACAAAUAAAUCGAAAAGCGCGCGAAACGCGUGCAAUACAGAGAAGUGAGUUGAAAAAUUACUGGACACCCUCCCGGUGUGCCAAGAUUUCAAUAGAUCUAUGUGCAGUCGGUUAAAUUGUAGAUUCGUUCAUUUAACUGAAGAUGACAAGGUUGAAGUAUGUGAUCAACGUGUGGCUGUGUGUCGCGAUCACGCCAACGGUCAAUGCAGACGUAAACAAUGUAAAUAUUAUCAUAUACCGAUUGUGUUGCCGCCGGCGAAUGUCAUGGCUGCCAUCAUUCAUACAAACAGCAACAGCAACAACAACAGUAACAAUAAUAUACAUAGCAACAGUAGCAGCAGCAGCAUCAGCAACACAAGCAGUCACAGCAGCAACAGUAACAACAGCAACAACAACAACCAGAACAAUCAAAUGCAUACAAUCUCACAACAACAGCAAGCACAUGAACAAUAUCCACAGCAUGUCAAGUCAGCAACGGCAGCAGCAGUAGCACCAACGACUGGCAUUGCCACCAACUACAAUAAUAAUUUGAUAAUAAUCGAGCCACAGCACCACCAACUUCACCAGCAACAGCAGCAGCAGCAGCAGCACCAACCACACUACAACUACCAUCACAACAACAAUUACAUUUCAACUCACUAUAGCCCCAGCAACAGCAGCAGCAGCAAUGUCAGCCUCAACAGCAAUAACAAGCAUGCCACGCAUACAAUCUAUCAACAACAACCGGCCGCAUUUCAUCUGCCCCAUUUCACCUGUCAUUCACCCUACUCGCCGUCAUCCGCAUCCUCAUCGUCAUCCUGCUCCAUUGCCACCUCACCCACAGCGCUCACUUCCGCCACAUCGACUUUGCCGACCACCUCCACCGUGACCAUGCCCACAGCCAUUGCCACUGUUCCAGCGCCACCACCACCACCAGCUGGCACUGCUUACUUGAAGGCGGCGCCACCACAACUCACCGCAUACGCCAGCAGCGGCGCUUACGAAUUGGCCACGGGUACGCCCACUUUGUUGCUUAGCAGCGAUUACAAUUCAAAUUGCAUUCCAAUUUUGACAGCGCAGCAACAGCAACAACAACAAUCGCCUGUCGCCACCGCAGCGUCGUACAUUUAUCCAACACAUCAUCAACAACAAAGCGCGGCCGCAGCACAACAACAUAUGAUCAAAUAUGCAGCAGCAGCAGCGGCGGCGGCGGCUGCCCAGCACCAAUUCCACUAUGCAGCAGCGCCACAAAUAUUGACAGCCGCCGCGCCUCAGCACAUGCUAGCCACUGCAGUUACAACAACCGCUGCAGCGCCGCAUUCACAUGUGCUGACAGGCGCUGUGGCUGCAACAGCCAACACACCACUAGCGGUGGCAACAACUACAGCAGCUGAAGCAGCGGCGACGGCGGCGGGCGCCAUGGUGGGCGGCUGCAUAUGAAAUGCGCAAUUCAACGGGUACAGCAGCAACAGCUACCACCAACAACAGUAUCAAAAUUUGUGGCAACAACAACAACAAGCACUACAAUAUCCAAGCCAGCAGCAACACGUAAUUAUCAUCGGCAGCAAUGGCGGCGCCGCUUAAGCCUGUGAGCGAUAUGUCCAAGCGACAAGCGCUAGACGAAGCGCGCAGCUGUACAACGCAUGCGCGCAGCCUGUGAAAUCAUUGCUAAGUGGCGUUCAAGCAGCAGCAAACGUGCGACGUAAGUUGCUAACGACAUUUCCAAUUCACACUCGAAUAUUUUUAGCAAUAAGCACCAUAUGUUUGUAUAUGUAUGUCUUUAUGUAUGUAACUGAAGGCGUGCGAGAGCGGCUCAAUUUGCUCUGUCAACCGCGCGGCCAGUUGGCAGCGAUUUUAGUUUUUAAAUUUGUUAAUUUCGUCAACAUAUCUUGUUUUAUUUUGUUUGGUUUUGUUAUGUGAAAAAAUAUAUUCUUAAUGUUUCUCCUGUGUGCUGACAUAUUAAGUACCAAUUACCAUGUAACAAUUAACGAUUACCGAUUGUCUAUUAUGACCCCUCACCACGUAAUAAAAUGUAGUUCAUAUAGUUUUAAUUGUUGCAAGUGCGAACAAAAUGAAUGAUGGUGAAAAGAUACACGAAAUACUCAUUGGAGGUAAUAAUUUUAAUUUUAAUUUUUUUAUAUUUAUUAAUUUCUCUUUUGAUUGAUUUAAUGAUUUUUAUUUUUAAUUUCAUUUUUUUUUUUCUUUUUUUGUCGAUACAUAAAAUCAAUAAAUAUCAGGCAGUUCCCACAGCAUAUGACUGGGAAGAAAGAAGACUUAUAGGGAUUUUGAGAUUUUCCAGCACUCUAUGGAACCUUUACUCUCAUCGUUGAAACCAAAAAGCGCCAAAAUACUGAUUUGGGUACACAAAUUAUUACUUAGAAAAUUAUUUCUUGUAGAAAGGCGUUUGCAAUGUUUUUUUUGAGCUUUUUAAGCCUUUCUUGUUUUCUUUUUUUUUAUGAGGUCAUUGAAGGGUUAAAUUUCGGAAAUUUUGAAAUCUAGUAGCAAACAACAGCAAAUGUUCUAAACGACAGCACAAAAGUCAGUCAAAAAUAUAACCUGCGCCUGCGCAUAUUAUAAAAUUGUCCGGAGGUAAGGAAAUAAAUAAAGAUAGAUAGAAAAGAAAUAGAAAGCGAUAGAAGUAGACAUGCCCAUAUUAAAGAGAGAUGCCAACAAUUACUGUCAAUUCAAUUCUCCAGAACAUCCAACACGCGCAUUGGAGAAAUAGAAGCAACAUUUUAGAGAACAGAUAGGUAGUUUUUAGGGAGCGUAGGUGCAGGAUAAAUAACCCAAAUGCAGAGAAAAUUACUUCUGAUAAAAUUGUCUGCGUGCCGCAAAGCCCACUUCAAAAUUUGUUUGAGAAUAGCACUAAAAUUCACAAAUGUGCUAUAUACUUUAGAUCUGUGCAAGUGAUAAGUAAAACAUGAAAAGCUUUGCCUCACUAAAGGUUCUGCCUCUUUUGCACUUCUUCGUUCACUCUCGUAAAUACGUGGGCCAAAAAGAAUUCUUAUUCUGAACUGUUACCAAUCACUUGCAGCUCAAUAUAUUUCAGCAGAAUGCAGAGUCGUGCAUGCUUACUAUCAGCAAACUUAAGGCAGUCAAUUCAACUCGCUACUAAAAAUAGAAAUAGCACUGCGCGUUGACACAAUCAAAGUCUCUCAUUCAUUUCUGCUAUCAGCAAAAUCUGAUGAAUUAUGGGGUGCCCGCUGUUUGUGAAAAAAUGAGACAAGUCUUAUUGUGAGCUGCAGGUUAGACGUAUUAGUAUGAAGACAAAAACAAUUAGCAAUGCUGAAGUGAAUGAAGGUUGUGAAGGCAAAAGAGAGCGAGAGCGGCAUAUGUAUUGGAGAUCCGCAAGCGUUAAGAAUAGAUAGGAAUGCGAAACUGAGUACUUAUGAGAGGGAUAACAGAAUCAGUGUGAAAUGAAUUAGAAUUUGCAAAAUAACGAGAGCGAUACCAGUGCUGCUGGAAUCUGUGUGAAAUAAAUUAGAAUUUGCAAAAUAAUGAGAGAGACAACAAUGCUGCUGGAAUCUGUGUGAAAUGAAUUAGAAUUUGCAAAAUAACGAGAGAGACACCAAUGCUGCUGGAUGGCAAAAGCAACUGCAGGUUGAAUUUUUAUAAACACAAAUCAAAUUUUUUUGUUUUGUUUUAUUUGGUUGUACUGUUUAUUAAUGUUUAAUAUUUAAUAAUUAUAUUUUAUUAUGGAAGGUGUGUAUUAUUUAGUGUUGUUUUGCUUAUUAUUUCUUUUUUUUUUUUUGAUUCUAUAAAAUCAAAUUCUAAGCAAAAUUGCACAUACUCACUUACGCACACGCACACACACACAUACACAUGCAUACCCACACACACAUAUUACAACAACACUUUUCAACUUAUCACAAUAAUUAAGGCAACAAUUAAAGGUUGAUUAACUAUUUACAAGAAUAUUUAAAUAAUAAAUUAACAACUACAACAACUAGCAGUGAAUGAAAAAAUGUUUAAUUAACAAAAAUCUAAGAUAUUAAAAAUAAAUAUAUGUAUGAAAUAAUAAUUAUAACGUAUAAUUUUUUAAAAGUUUAGCAAGACUUGAACACAUAGAAAACAACAACAAACCAGUAAGUUAAAAAAAUAUGGGUUUUGAAUAGACGUAAAUAUAUAUUAUACAUAUAUAGAGGUAAAGAAAAAAAAAUAAAGUAAUAAUAAAUCUACAUUAAAAUGUGUAUAAGAGGUUGUAGGCUUAAGAGUGACCAGUUAAAAAAUAAAUAAUUGAUUGCAUAAAUAAUUUAUUGAGGAAAACGAAGUAAAAUAUAAUAAGGAAAUAAAAGAGCAGUUGGCAUAAAAAUGAUUAAAUACUGGAAAAUAGUGUUAUACAAUAAUUUAGAGAUUACACAUUUCAAAUUUUUGAAACGACGAAAUUAGUGUAGUUGUAGUUUUCGAAAGUUUUGAAAAAAAGGUUCAAUUGGCAACGGAGCAACGCGCCAGUAAAUGUGGCACACGACGAGAGUAAAGAGAGUAGGCAGGAGUUGUUGUUGCGAUUAGCGUAGAUAGAGCGCGUGCGCUUCCAAUCGCAGCUGAGACAGUUGCGUUGCUGAGAGCCGCGUCUGCAUACAGAAACAUUUUUUUGAGCGUAUUUUAGGAGUGUUAGUGACACCUUACUUAUGUAGCUGUUGGAUAAAGGGAUUAAUUAGUGAAUAUGAUAAUUAACAAAAAAACAAAAACACAACUAGUUACACAAUUUUAACUCUAGUGUUCCAUAUUUCAGACAAAAACUAAAUGAGAAUAAAUUUAAACAAUAAAUGAAAACAAAAACAAAAUUAAAACACCCAACAAGCAACUACUAAAACUAACACUACAAAAACAAUAAAUACAAGCAUAUAUAAAAACUGAAGUCAAAGUUUCCAAACUCAAAGUUAAAAAAUGCAAAUAAACACAAAUAAAAACGUAAUCAACACAAGCAACAAUGCCACUUUUUAAACUGUACAUUGAAAAAAAUAAAUAUUAAACUUAAAAUAAAAGUUCACAAAAAAACUGCAUUAACGACAGAAAAAGUGAUUACCAUAGCAGCACAGUAAAAAUGUAUUGAAAAUUAAAAUACAAUAAUUUGGUUAACUAAAGAUUAAAAUUAUUAGCAAAUAGUUUAAAAAUAGAAGUAAACAAAAUAAUAGCAACAAAAAAUAUGAAGCAGAUAAGCAAGCAAGUACAGUCACGUCCUAUUUUUGCAACAACGAUUUAUUACUAGAAAAAAAGAAACAAAAACAAAAAACAAUAGCGGUAUAAUUUAAUAAACCAAAACCAACAACAAACUUACAUUGAAUGAAGAACACUGAGCUAAACACAAGCAGCCAGUAAUCACAAAAAAUUAAGUACUAAAAUUAAAAAUUCUUUUUUACAAUUUAUAAGGCCAACUACUCCAAAAUAGCGGUAAAUGUUUGGUAAAUAAAAAACUAAAAACGUAUGAAGCAGAAAAUAUGGGUAAAAAAUUUAAAAUAAAAUUAAAAAAUAUUAAAUGAAAAUGAAAAAAUAUUAAAUAAAAAUAAAAAAAUAUUAACUGAAAAUAAAAAAUAUUAACUAAAAAUGAAAAAAUAACUAAAAGUGAAAAAAUAUUAACUAAAAAUGAAAAAAUAUUAACUAAAAAUGAAAAAAUAUUAACUAAAAAUGAGAAAAAUAUUAAAUAAAAAUGAAAAAAUAUUAACUGAAAAUGAAAAAAUAACUAAAAGUGAAAAAAUAUUAACUAAAAAUUAAAAAAUAUUAACCAAAAACGAAAAAAUAUUAACUAAAAAUGGAAAUAAAAAAAUAUUAACUAAAAUGAAAAAAUAUUAGCUAAAUAUGAAAAAUAUUAACUGAAAAUGAAAAAAAUAUUAACUGAAAAUAAAAAAUAAUAACUAAAAAUAAAAAAUUAUUAAUUAAAAAUAAAAAAAUUGUAACUGAAAAUUAAAAAAUAUUAACUAAAAAUGAAAAAAUAUUAACUGAAAAUAAAAAAUUAUUAAUUAAAAAUAAAAAAAAAUUGUAACUGAAAAUUAAAAAAUAUUAACUACAAAUGAAAAAUAUUAACUGAAAAUGAAAAAUAUUAACUAAAUGAAGAAAUAUUAACUAAAACUAAAAACAAAUUAACUAAAAAUAAAAAGAUAUGAAAUAUUUUUUUAUGUAUUAAAGUGUGUAAAACAGCCUGCAGCAGCACAGCUAAGCAAGGCUGUAUGUUGGAACAGAAUAAAAAUCAAAUUUAAUUGCUAAGAUUUCUUGAACGACGAAAACAUUUUAGUAAAGUUAAAAAAAAAUGUUCAAAACACUUUUUUUCUAUAAAAAAUAACCAAUAACAGCGAAUAAAUUUAAGAGUGUGUACUGUGUAGUAAUAAAAAUCAAAUCUUCCUGUAUUUGCAAAUAUGUUAUAAAAAGUAUUUUGAACAUUAGUGAAAUAUGGGUGUGAAUUUAUUAACAGCAACCCGCAUUGAUUUUAUUAAUGAAAUAUUGAAAUAUUUAUUGCAGUAAAAACAAUGAAAAUUAUUUAAAUAAACACAAGCAAACUGAAAAACUUCUAAAUAAUUUUAAAGAUUUUUUUUUUUGUCUUUAAUUUUUCUCCAAGUGUGAACUUAAGUUGAAUGUAAACAAAUAUGUGAUUAAAACUUAACUAAUAUUUUUUACAAAUAUAAAAAAUAGUUCCUUUUCAA